AUGAAUUCAAUCUACAACCAUGGUUUGAAACAAACCCAGACUAUAACCAAGGACCUUGCUCAAUUUGAAAAGAACUUGUCAACCUCACCGUUGUCGUUACAGGGUGCAAUCACAACAUCAAUCACAGCAUUUAAAAAGACCAUUAAGGAGUACACAGACUUACUCGAAAAGAAUCCAACAGAUGCAUCGUUUGCUAAACAUGAAGGCAGGAUCAAUAAAUUCAACCAAGAAUUGGAAAAUUUCGCAUCCAAGUUUGACAAUUUGAAAAAGCAAAGAGAAAUUUCUGUGCAAGAAGCAGAUAGACAAGAAUUAUUGGGAAGGAGACAUGUUACUGCGACGGUAUCACAAACUAGCGAUAACCCUUAUGAUCCAAGUCAACAACAGCAACAACAGCAACAACAGCAAACAUUGUCACAGCGAGAGGGGCUCUAUAAUGAAAACCAGACUCUUGCGCGGGGCUCAGAACAACUUGAUCGAAUAUUGGAAAUGGGACAGCAGGCGUUUGAAGAUAUAGUGGAGCAAAAUGAAACAUUGAGAAAAGUACAGGCCAAGUUUGAAGAGGGGUUAGUUACUUUAGGAGUUAGUCAAGGGACAAUAAGGAGCGUGGAGAGACGGGCCAAGCAAGAUAAGUGGUUAUUUUGGUUUUGUGUUGUGAUGAUGCUAGUCAUUUUCUACUAUAUAUUAAAGUUCUUCAGAUAA